AUGCCUACAAACACUCGAUCAACUCGAUCUAACCCAACCUCAAGCCGGUCUACUCGAACAGCUGCCAGCAAAGUACCCAAAGCUCCCGCAAAACAACCCACCAAAACCAGUAAGUCACGUCGUCAAGGUACCAACACACAUGCUCCCUCAAACCCAUCAAACAAUAUCGAUACUCUCGAUGGAACCAACAACGAAGUUACUUUACAAAAUGAUGAUGAUGAGAAUCGUAAUCUUGCCAAUCUCGAAGAAGGUCAACCACCUCGUAAUGAAGAAGAAGCACCGCCAUCGAAACAACCCAAGACUUUCGUCUCGCGCUUUCCCGGAUUGGACCUCGAAACGUUUCAUGAGCAUCUCGAUGAGUGGACUCUGGUGGGACUCCGUGAAGCAAAUUCAAAACAAGCUCCAAAGGGAACUAGGGCAUCAACUGAGAUUAAAGCAUUAGUAAAGAGCAUCCGCUUAAAUUACGAGAAGCAGAUGCUCAUGGCGGCUUUGAUGGGAGGUCUUCAUGAGGUGGUGGUCUGGAACCUUGUGGGUGAAGGAGCUAAAAAGGCUCAUUUCAAUCCCUGGAUUCGAUUCCUAGCUUUUGGGGUUCUGGCUUUGGAAGAAACAUUACCCGAGAAAGGGGACUCAUCUGGAUGGGCCGCUCGGAACCGUAAGGUUGCAAACCUCUGGAAAGGCCUCAACAAUGAUGAGAAAGAUGUAUUUCGAAAUCCGUACUUCUUCGCUUUGGCUAACCUACCCGAUCUAUCUAAUCUACCUGCUACCAUUGACGAUACCGACUUGGAAGAUAACGACAAUCCCACCUUUACUCAUAUCGAUGGCUCAACGGUAGCUCCUCAGGUCCAUCCACUCACCGAAGCUGAGAAAUUAAAGUAUCAGCCUAUUUUCAAGAGACUCGUGGAUGUGGAGAAGCUUCACUUAUGUCACGGAAAGCCUGAACCUACUCAGUCAAUUGCUACACUUCAAAAGAACUCAUUAGCGGCCUUGAAAAAAGCACAUCAUGAUCGUUACCAGAUCACCUACUAUGCCACAGCUGUCAGCUGCGGAGACACCGAGGGUUGGUCUCAGACUUAUUCAAAUAACACAAUGUUUGCAAAAUGGGCCUCAACCGAUAUGAAGAUACCCGGAAAUCUUGCUUCAUACGUCCAUGGGAAAAAAGCUGCCGAAGUAAUUGAAGGCAGCAAGGUACAGCAACCGAGUGAUGAACGUAGAACUAGACUGAGCAGGAUUUUGAAUGAAUUAGUUGAUGCCCAUAUGCCAAAGUGCAUCUUCCCAAAGAAGAAAGACCCCGAGGCCGAAAUUAAGAACAAGGGUUGGCCAAUCCGAAUAAUACAGCGCGAAGGCAGUCUUCUCAAGAAAUCGGAUAUGGAGAAAGGCCAUCGUGAUGCUAGGGACGCAGUAGUCAAGUGCUGGCUGGACGAUAUUGAAAACAAGAGGUUCAUUAUUGAACCAAUCCCAGAAUCCGAACAUUUACAAGACGAUUCCAACGAUGGACCUGCCCCUAAUCAAAAUCAAGCCAAAAAGCGUGAUCAACAACACUCCUCUGGGGUAGAUCAAGGCCAAUCGAAUAAACGCAAAAAACACCGUCAAAAUCCAACUGUGAAGCAAGACCAACAAACUCAAAAAAAAACAAAUGGAAGUAUCAGAAAGAAACUUGAAACUUUGGCUAAAGGUAAAGGUAAUGCGAGUUCUAAACAGCAACAUGGGGUUAAUGAAGAUGAAGACUCUAGUGAGGAUGAAGAAUCUGAUGAAGAUGAAGACUUCAAUAAAGAUGAAGACUUGAAUGAUGAUGAACACUCCAAUGAAGAUGAAGACUCUGAAGACUCAGAUUAG